AUGGCAACCUCUAUGAUGACAACUUUCCCACAAUUCUCUGGUCUUAGACCACAAUUGAAACCUUCUCCUGUGCAGGGUUUGGUUGCUUCCCAAUCUAUGACAAAGCGCAAGGGGAAGGGUGCUUUGGGAGUUCGUUGUGACUUCAUUGGUUCAUCCACCAAUGUGAUUAUGGUGGCAUCUACAACCCUAAUGUUGUUUGCUGGAAGAUUUGGAUUGGCUCCCUCAGCAAACAGGAAAGCAACUGCUGGACUAAAGCUGGAGGCAAGGGACUCAGGUUUGCAGACUGGUGACCCAGCUGGAUUCACCCUUGCUGAUACUUUGGCUUGUGGAACAGUUGGACACAUCAUUGGUGUUGGUGUUGUUCUUGGUCUUAAGAACAUUGGUGCAUUCUUCAGGGGUGGACAGACAAAUGUCAACAUCAAAGGAGCGAUUACAAUGAAGAGAGGUGCAUCCAUCAUUGUUGAGUUUGAGGUGUGCAGAAAACCUUCAACAAAACUAUCAUUCCUUGGUGGUGGUGGCUCCGGUGGCGGCCGCAAAAAGAGAAAGGAAGCCUCGACGAUUGUUCGUGGUGGAGAGUGGAGAUGUCCGAUGAAAUGCUUGGUUGUGGUGAGGACAUGA